AUGUGGUUUUUCUCUGCGUCUGCAGACAUGGCGGACUGAGCGGCGUCCUCGAGGCAGACGGUCCCGUCUGAGGCGGACGCCAGAGGACUGCGGUCUCACAUCAUGGUGGAUGCUGGCACAUCUUACAGGAUGAACCCGCUAGCUGCCCUCAGCAUUGACCGCAAUGCUCUGGUGGGGGAAAAUUAUCGCCCCCAUGGAGGAAUCUACUAUCAUGGCAUCCAUCCUCUUUCUGGUGAAAAGCCCCAGGAGUCCGGCAGUUCUCUCCCACUUGGCUAUGAUCUCCUGUAUAAACCAGAUGUAACUCUGUUGGAUGGCCAGAAAUCUGCAAAUGGAUAUGUUGGACUUUAUAAGAGCCCACCACCAGGGUUACAGAAACCCCUAGUUGUCCCUGCUGCAGGGGGUGAUGGUCUGGGGCUGGACCGCAGAGUUCUACCCAAUGACAAGCAGUCAGAACUGAGCCUGAAUGGUGCCGGCAGCUUCCUGAGAUUGCCAUGGAUCGGCCCUUAUGCAGAUGCAACAAUGUACCCGUUCUUGGACAUGGCAUACAAGGCCUCUUUCCUGUCCCAGCCGUCGCCCUUCAUUCAUCAGCAGCUGGCAUAUCAGUCUCUGUGUGCUGCUGGGGCAGGAAGCAGCACAACCAGGGAAGACAGACUUUUCUACCUGCCUCAUUAUGCCCCAGCCCAUAUCUCAUCCCAGCUGGGGCCCCCAAUAAGGAUCCAUACAGCCACUCCAACUCCUACUGUCCUUUCACCCUUACCCCACUGCCAGGACAAGGCCUUACAUGGUCUUGGCCCUCAGGUACAUCAGGAACAGUCUGCCUUCAGCACUAGUCCACAGAUCCCCCAAGAGCCCCAGCCUCAAUCUGUUCAUACUGAGCGACAGCAUGGCAGCAGUAGCACAAAGUCUGGUCAGUCCGCUUCCACCAAUAACACUCAUAAUAGCAAAAGUGAUGGAGGUAGCGGUGCCCCUGUUGACGGUUCAACUAGCACUGCUGCCUUAGAGUCACCCCCAGUUGCCCAUCCCCCAUGUUCAGUUCCCACAACCCAACCCCUCAGCAACACCACUACAGACCUCCAGAAGUCGCUUUACAGAAGCACCUCCUCAUCCUCAACCUCUCUUUCAGUAUCCCACCCAUUUUACAUGAGCAGCCUGAGCUCUAAGCACCGCUCUUCCGUGCACUCAGGCACCAAGAAAACCAAAGAUGCCAGCUCAGACUGCUGUAUUUCAGAGAAAUGUAUAUCACCUGCAAAUACAUCACUGGACAGAGCUGUACCUCAAAAGCCUGCCAAAAACCCUGGGGAAAAACCUUUGGAUCUGUCUGCCAAAGAGUUGGAGGGAUUCCCAAAUGGAUUCCCAUCCAAAUUAGAGGCCCUGUCAAAGUUGGGGUAUUUACCACCAUCACGUUAUGGGCUGCUAGCCAGUCAAGACCAGCACUUAAAGGAGGGUCUACCCACACCUGUUAGCACAUCAGCAAAGACUCCUGACCAUCUUGAAAUGAUCAGCACAGUUCCCUCCCCUUGGGUUGUUCCGGGUUCUUCCAUACUUGUCAGCUCUGAGCACAGCAGAGGCUCCAAGAUUAUAAAAAACAAGAGUGUAGAUCACCAUCCACAGCGUCAAAGAUCACCUGGGCCCACGGCAAUGGAGGUAACCAGUAUUCGCAGCCCUGACACAGAGGGAAGACCCUCUGCAUUAUCUCCUUCCCCAAAGUCCAAAGUUGAAUGGCCACGAGUUGAAUUUGACAAAGUUCCUCCAAACAGUAAAGGAGAAGUUCAUUCGUGCCCUGGAAAACAGAGUGAAAACAGAGCUAAGCCAGAGGCUCAGGAGAGCCAAUCUCAUCCACAACAGCAAGAGCCGUCACGUGUUGAAAAUGGAAACUCUUCCGGUCAAAUUUAUGGCGACUCGUAUCUCCCUCCUGGCUUAGGUUACACUAACCGCUACAUCCCAUACUCAGUUGCUGAGAAUAUGUCCUUGCAACGUAUGACCAUGCCAAGUAAAGGGCCUGUCUAUCCCCACACAGUCUUGCUUGGCAGCGGCAGCUUUUACCCCCCUCGCAUAGCACCAAAACAUGGCCUUCCACAUGGAGUACCUCCAAACCAGGGUGACUUUGUGACAUACCAGAAUUCCCGGGGGGUUGCCGCCCCACCUGUUUCCUCACAGCCAGAUCUUGACCGACCUGAGACUCAGGAUAAAACCUGGAAUGCUCAACCAUACAGGAAUCAGGAAAGACCGGAUGCUGACCGAUCUCACAAGAGUGACAGUGAAAGAGACAAGUCCACAAACCAAACCAUAAAGGCUUCAAGCAAAAGCCUCUCUUCUGCCAGGGAUGAUGUAGUUUUUAUUGACCUGGUGCGUGAUGAGGCAGAUGAUGAUUUGUCCACCAAUAAGCACAGCUCCUUAUCUAACAGAAGAGAAGAUUCCUCCAAGCGUGGUGGCAGUGGCUGUAACCAUAUCCAAGAAAGACAGCAAUGGCCUCCAAAAGCCCUCCCUGUCAGCCAGGCUGCAGAACAGAGACAAGGCUUACUGCCCCAUGUGUCCCAACCACAACCUCCUCAUCACAACUCUUCUUCACAUCCUUCCUCUCAUGAGAAGAACUCAGAGGAGAUCCCGGGAGACGAGGAGCCACUUAGUCCAUUUCCGGACAUACCAGAGGAGCAGACGAUGCGCUGUGCCCGAACUUCUCCACAGCAAUUCGACAGAAAAUGUAAAACUGGAGCCUCUGAUAGCGCUGGGGACUUGAUAAGUGCCACAAAUGGUAGGAACAAUGGCGUUGAUGACAAGAGCACUAAUAAUGAAGCUAAAUCAGAGGCCUCAACCAAUAAAAAUAUUAACCCUGAGCAAACCCCUUCCAGAAAUGAUAAGUCAUUGGGUCUUUUUAGCAAAGAAAAUGUUUCUAGUGACUCUAACAAUUCCAACAGCCCAGUUUGCAGCAGUCAGGGACUGACAUGUAGAGAUUUCAGCCCAAAGGUCCCAGCAUGCAGGAGUUUAAAUCCCAGGGUUCCAGCUGGAGGAGUUAUGAACACCAGGGCUCCACUGAGUGUUCACAUCAACCCAAGAAGUCCCACAUCUAACAGCGGAGAUGGACAUAGUCCAAAUUUUGUCAGAAAUUUUGUGGGCCCAUGUUGCAGAAAUCUGGCUCUGAGGACUCCAACUUGUGAACCCAGAAUUUUCAGUGGCCCAGCUCAUGGAAAUAGGAAUCCUGUGACUCCUAACUGCAAGAGCAUCACUCCCAGAUUUACCAAUUGUGAAAACCACAAUGCUGUGCCCCCAGUUUGUGGAAACAUCACUCUCAGAGCUCCUGCAUGUGGAAAGAACUGUUAUAGUUGUCCAAAUUGUGGAAAUUCGCUCUCAAAAGGCCAAUCUUACCAGACCAAUAACCAGACCUGUUUAAAUAACAAUCCCAUGGUCCCCACAUAUGAAAACAAUUUUUCUCUGGGCUCAACCUGUCGGGACCUUUCACCUAGCAAUCAUACCAAUGCAGGCUUUAACUUGGUGCUGGCAGAUCUGACCCCAGAAUCAGUUAACAAAGACAUAAAAUAUGAAGGCUUUUCCUCCAAUGAGACACAGCCCAGGAGAGAGAUGCCAAACUCUGCCCUCACCACUGCUGGCUGUGGAGAUGGGAAGAAAGACAUCCAGGACGGGAUGGAUCCCCUGGCAGAUGACGAUGAGGGCCCUGGCUGCUCCAAGAACCGGCUCUCCGGCCUCACCAAACGCAUCGCCAACUCAUCCGGCUACGUGGGCGACCGCUUUAAAUGUGUGACCACGGAGCUUUACGCUGACUCGAGCAAGCUGAGCAGAGAACAGAGAGCACUCCAGCGUGCCAUGCUGCGUUUCUCCGAGCUGGAGCUGAAGGAGAAAAGCGAGGGGAGGCGAGGAGGAGGAGGAGGAGGAAAAACUCCCUCUGCAGCCGCUGCUGAGGCACAGAGAGGUUUUCAUCCAUCCUGCUCUCACAGUCGCCUCCCCAUCCCGCCGCUGUGCCGCCGCUCCGACAACCUCCCUGUCCUUCGAGAGAAGGAUGACGAGUCAGUGGUGGAGGAGAAGAAGAACGAAGAGGAAGAAGGAGGUCUGCAGGAGGAGAAGAAGAAAGAGGAGAGGGGUUUUCUCUCACAGCCACAAAAACAACAGUUUCUGCCCACAGCCAGAGGCCUGUUUCAGGGAAACGCCUCCAUGCCGGGACUCAGAGGUUCGACUCUCAGCAUGACGAUCAACCGGAGGCGUAUCUUCAGUCUGGAGCCUUUCCACCAGAGCAGCAUCAUCAGCAGCCGCUUGAAGAGAGGGAGGGAGGAGGAAGGGGAUGAAGAGAGGGAGAAGGAUGGCAGGAUGGGAAACCACAACAAGAAAACCAAGUUAACCACCGACUCAGCCCUGGAGGACGUGAGGAAGCUGAAGGUUUGCAUUGAGCUGAACGGCCUCAAACUUAGCAAGCCCCGCUUCCCCGGGGAGCUCAGCCAAUGGCUGCCCUCCAGCCAGAGGUCGGCCGAGGUCGACAGGAAAUUCAGGAUGGACCUACCGGCCGUCAGGGGGAGGUCAGAGGUCAAUGGAGGCUGGUGUGACGGCACGUUUGUGAGGAGGGACGACCCGAGAGUUUUCCACAUGGUCCCGCCCUCCUCUCCCGCCCAUCUCACCCGGCAACCAUUCAGCCCCAGCCCCCGGCAACCCACCGCUGCAUCCUUCACCUCCCUCACCUCCUCCCGCCUCCAGGACAAGCAUCAGAAGUUGAGAGAGAGCCGCAGGGUCUGCAGUUUCCUCCCCUCAUUACCUCCUCUUCAUCCCUCCUCCUCCUCCUGCUCCUUACCCGACCCCCAUCCCUUCCACUGCCAUGACGAUGACCACACCAAGCCGAAGGGCAAGCGUCCCUGCAAGAUGAAGCACACGGGAGGAGAGACGGCCAGGGAGGAGGAGAGAGACGGGGGAGGAACUGACAAUGAGGAAAAGAGUGGAAAGAUCUCUCCAUCCGACCUGUAUCGCUCGCCCAGCCGUCGGCCUCCCUCUCCGCAGCACACACACCCCACCCGGCCCGUCCCUCCUGAAGUCCGACGGCUCAUUGUGAACAAAAAUGCCGGAGAGACGCUGCUGCAGCGCGCCGCCCGCCUGGGAUACGAGGAAGUGGUGCUGUACUGUCUGGAGCGGCGGAUCUGUGACGUCAACCAUCGAGACAAUGCCGGAUACUGCGCCCUGCACGAGGCCUGCGCCCGCGGCUGGCUGGGCAUCGUACGCCACCUGGUGGAGCACGGAGCUGACGUCAACUGCAGUGCUCAGGAUGGAACCAGGCCACUGCAUGACGCCGUGGAGAACGACCACGUGGAGGUGGUGCGUUUCCUGCUGGCCUGCGGCGCCGACCCCACCCUCACCUCGUACUCCGGACGUGGACCAAUCAACAUGACCCACAGCGCUGCCAUGGAAACCUUCCUGGAGGACUAUCUGUCCGACCUCCAGGGGAGGUCAGAGGGCGAUCCAGGGGUCUGCUGGGAGUUUUACGGCAGCUCAGUGUGCGAGCCGUCCAGCGACGGAGGAGUGUAUGACAUUCUCGCUGACCCGCCGGGGCCUGAGGAGGAGGAGGAGGAUGAAGAGGAGGACGAGGACGAGGAGCAGCGUGCCAGGAGAGAGGUGUUUGAGUUUGAGCUGUCCGACCGGCCGCUGCUCCCCUGCUACAACAUUCAGGUGUCGCUGUCCCAGGGCCCCAGGAACUGGCUCCUCCUGUCCAACGUCCUGGGUCGACUGCGAAUGACGUCUCGGUCUUUCCGGCGCCUCUUCCCGCAGCUCAACGUGCAGUCCAUUCCUGAGGACGAGUUCUACCGGCAGGCGUCUCUGUCGCAGCUCCUAACGGGUCCUGAUGAGCAGGAGCUGGCCUCCUUCAGGCCGGACAUCAGGGACCCUUUGGAGCUGGUGGAGGCCACCCCUGAGCUGGCCGGCAUGCUUGGCUCUUCCCUGGAGUUUGUGGACACUCGUUGGGACUCGCUGGAAGCUUCCCCACCUCCAACGCCACCCCCACUACCAUCACCAAGACCAUCACAAAGAUUGUCAAUAAGAACUCCACAAUGUUUGCGACCGUUAUUACCUCCACAACAACAGCGGGGAACAGAAGUUAGCACUAAAGUGGACUACAUGUUGCAAAACAGGGGACCAGGGUCUGGACAAUUCCAAGGACUUAAAAAUCUGGGAUAUUCUACUUUGGCAGCUAAAAUAGAAACCAGAAUGGAUGCUAGCAUGUGGGAACCGCAACAGAUCGGAAGUAAAAAAGCUGGGGUUCCUAUUCCUGCAAAGCCAAAUGUGACAAUGAAUGCUAACAUGUGGGAACAGCAAAGACAACAAAGUAGGAAUAUUACAAUUGCUAAUUCUGUUAAUGCACAAUCUAAAAUUGACUCUAGCAUGUGGGAACCACAAAGACAACAAAAUAAGAAUACUUGGAUCCCUAAUUCUACUAAUUUGGACUCAAAGAUUGACUCUAGCGUGUGGGAACAACAACGACAGCAUGGUCAGGAUACUGGGAUCGCUAGUUCUGAUAAUCCAGACUCUAAAAUGCACUCUAACAUGUGGGAACAAGAACAGCGAGGAAAUAAAUCAGCCAACACUCCUAUCAAGUCUGAUGUGGCGGUUGGUGUUGGCAUGUGGGAACCACUGCGACUACGAAGUAGAAGCGCUGUGAAUUCUGACGCCAAGACGGACGCUGCCCCAUCAGAGCCACAACAAAUCCAAAAUAAGAACACUGCUUAUCCAGCAAACUCAGACGAUACAGCGGAUGUUAACGCAUGGAAACGACAAAAUCAAGGGAGUAAGACUGACAGGGUUUUGGACUCCACAAACCCAGGUAGUUCAAUUGAUGGUAGUGCUUGGGAAACUCAACGACUCCGAAAUAAGAAUGCAGGAACCACCAGCCCUGGGAAGCCAAACGCUCCGGUGGAUGCUAACACAUGGGAACGCCAGGGAAUAAAGAGAGUGGCUUGCAACAGCACAGCGCCCAAAAAAGAUGCUAAUUCCUGUGAAAACCAAGGUCAAGGAGGUAAGACCAUAAAGAUGGACGCUGCCUGGCAAAGGAACUUGGGCAACGUCAGAGUCCACAUCAGGGAUCUUGGGAUGAGAGUGGGGGGAGGUGCUAUCCGAACAGACGUAAAGAAAGAGCAAGGGAAGGCUGCUGGGAAGGGCGCCAGGGUUAAAACGAGGUCAUGACAACACAAUGUAACCAGGGAAAUGAGAAGUCGUAAAUCCUGUUGACUUUAAAAAAGAGUUUGGGAGUCACACUGAGCUGGUGGAGUGAGAAAGAUCCUUUACCACCAGAGGAGUCAGAAGCAAUGCAGUAUUCCAUAAAGAAAAUGAGCGAUUUUACACAGAAUUGAAACAUGUAAAUGUUGUAGAGAUGUCAGUAUAUUUGGACAUUAAGGACAGUGACAAGGACAGUGACAAGGACAGUACAUUCUCUGCAGACAGAUGGUAACAGUCUCAUGUGUGUGCUAUAUGUAUACUGUAAAUAUGCGUCUUUUUUAUUUAUGAGUAUAAAUAUCACUGUUAAAUUUGUUCUUUGUAAAUGCAGUCUGGUGUAAAUAUGAUGCAGUUUCUGUUACGUGGUUUGUUGGUUGGGAGGUUGUUUGUUACCUUUGUGUGUACUUUUGUAUUCAGCAUCCUGUUGGCUUUCCUCACCAAAAUAUUU